AUGAAGAAAUUUUGAUGACACAGUCAUGAUGAUACGACCUAAAUGUCAUGGUAAAUGAUGGACUCUUCCCGUCACUGGCGGUGACUCAUGUCAAUUCCCAUGUCAAACAGUAUUCUUCUAACCUGACAACUUACAAUCCUCAGACACCAAGUCAAAGCCAUACUCUCUGCUUUUCCAUCAGAAGCCAUUCCAUCACCAUCUCCAUUCUCACUGAACACCAAACCAUACAUUCAAUCAACCAACCAUGUGGGCCUGCAACUUGGAAGGGCGUAUCUUCGACAUCGCCGGGAAGAAGCUCAAGGCCGAAAAGCAGCUCUCCGAGGUUCUGGAUGAAAGAAUUGGCCAACGCCAUGUUAUAGCAAACAUUAUGUGUAUCAACGACAAAUCAUCCGCUCACCUCAAAGUCCGCUAUGAACUGAACCCGAAACACUUUGAUCUCGACGAUCCCAAGGAGAUGUUGGAGAUCGCCGAGGAACACUACUGUCAUGAGGUUGAUGCAACGAAAUUCUUGGCUAAUGCCCGAGUCGGACCAAGAGUCAUCGCUAUUGAAACCCAAGACCAGCCCGAGUGGAUGCCUUAUCCUGGCGGUUAUGUCGACUUCAUCGUCAUGCACACUCCCUAUGGGGAGAACAUUGAUGAGAUCCGAGACAAGCUCACCAAUGGCCAGCUUGACAGUAUCCGAACCCAGCUCGCCAAUAUCUUGGAGAAGAUGCGCAAGAAAGGCUAUCUGCUGCUCCAACAACACCCCAGCUAUCUGCACUACGAUGUGCCGUCAAACAAGCUUUAUCUGACCGACCUCGAGGCACUCGGUUUCACCGACCCGACUAGUAGUAAAUCGUGUCCGAUCGACGAGCAGAGCCCGUCCGUGGCAGCAUUCAACCUCUGGCGUGUUCCAUACCAAAAGCCCACGAAGGCUCCCGAGGCAGUUUCUAUGAUGGAGCCUCAAAGGGGCCCGGGCUCAGCCGCUAUCUUACCUUCGCUGGGGAGCUGGGUGGCUGGACCCACAUACGGGGAGUCAUGGUAUGCCGAAGAAUCCGCCGGGAGGACUGACCCAUCACGAGCGUUUCCGGUGGUAAACACGCCUAUCAUGUGCAUGGGCCAGAUGCAGCCAGUGGCCGGGGGUGUCGAUGGGACCUUUCCAUCAGAAGGGGAAGACUGGCGACUGGAUGAGUCGAUGGAUGAAGGUGUAACGUUUCCAUACUGACUAGGCAGUGAUUCCACAAUACGUUCAUAUGCCAUCUACCAUGAUUUAGGUGGAGCCAAUGAUCAACAUCCUGGAUGCCGAAUACUCCAAAGCCCAUAAUACUAUACACAACGUCCGAUAUGUGAGGUACAAAUCCUCCCCUCUUAACCCUUCCACAAAUGAUCAAGAUACCAACCCACCCGAUCUCCAACAAAACUCCCUCCCUAGCCUCAACCAUCACCACGACCACCACCAAUCCGGACCAAUGGACCUGUCCAUUGCAAUUCGCUUCCGGGUAAAUGGUGAACCGGUAUCCAUUGGAAUCGAAAUUCG